AUGGGAAGAUAGUUUUGAAAUAAUAGAGGGAGUAGUAGUAGAGAAGAGAGUGAAGAGGAAGAAGAGAAAAAAAAAAUGAGCGUAAACGUGAAUUGCGUGGGUGGCGAUACGCACAACGUCUUCGUCUAUGGUAGCCUUCUGGCCGAUGAGGUUGUCCAUACGCUCUUGAAGCGCCUUCCUCCGACCACACCUGCCAUCCUUCACGACCAUCACAGAUUUAAGAUCAAAGGUCGCGUUUAUCCCGCUAUUCUCCCCGUCCACAAUGACAAAGUUAAUGGCAGGGUGCUUCUUGGUUUAUCGGGAGUUGAACUGCAUAUUUUAGAUGAGUUCGAGGAUGAUGAAUAUACUAGAACUGAUGUUGAGGUUUUCUUGGAGGACAAGUCUGAAAAGAUGCAAGUUUACGCAUAUGUUUGGGACAAUAGAAAUGACCCCAACUUAUAUUCAGAGUGGGACUUUGAGGAAUGGAAACAAAUUCACAUGAAUGAUUUCGUUAAGAUGACCAAUAGCUUUAUGGAAGAAUUGGAAUCGCCAGAAUCCAAGCCAAGGGUGCAGACUUAUGAAGCCUUCUACAAGGAAGAAAAGGAUAAGCCACUUCAACCUUGAUGUUUACAGUUUGUAAAAUUAUGCAUUUUGUGCACUGAGCUGAGCUGUAUGGUUCAAUUAAGAAUCAUACUGUUCACUGUUUAAUAAUUGUAAGUUCCUUUCCGAAUCAUAUUUUGAUAACCAAACAAUGACAAGUUUAUGCUAUAUUGUUUCAUUAUUA